AGAUGCUAGUGCGGGCGAAGGACGCGAGCAGCAACGGUGAAAGCGAAAAAAGUAAACAAUAAAAAAGAAAGAGGAGAGGAGACGUUGAGGUGCGCUUUACACGCGCGGUGUACACGCGAAGGAAGAGUUGCCCAUCGUGUCCCACCGCGGUGCGCGCUCCUGCGUGACGGCACAGGCGCUCCGACGUACUCCCGUUGAGAAGUUCGCUUUCCGUGUCGUCCGCUUCUUCAGAGGAGAUCAUCGCUGCUCUUCGUAUCCGUCUCACUCAUUAUAUAUACACCUGUGUCGUGUAUCCCUAUCGAGGAUCGUUAGAACUUCAGACUCCUUCGUGUGCCGUGACACCACGAAGGACAUCUGCUGUCUGCCUACACAUUUUCCUUUUUUUCCUCGUUUGCCCUUCGCUGUCCUGCACCUUCACAUUCCAAAGGAAAAAAAUGCACCGAUCCCGAUUGCAGAACGCCGCCGCCGCAGCGACGGCCGCGCCGCCGUCGGCCGGCCACCGCCCGAAGCGCUCCACCACCGUCUCGAGCGCCUCGCCUUCUCGCCGCACGCCCGCCACGACCCCCUCCUCAUCGCUUCCGCCCGUCGUGCCAUCGCGGAGUGUGUCGCAGGGCGUCCCGCACGGCCGCACCGCCACUUCGAGUGUUUCCCUAACCACCCAGCGCGGAGCCCCACAGCGCACGGCACGGCCCUCCAGCUCCGUCGCACCGACCAUGGAGGAGGCGGCUACCGUCGUCAGUGCCACCGCCGCCGCCAAGGAUACCGGCGUCUCCUUAUCGAAGUUCGCGCACGACGGAGAGCGCUUUGAGCCGAACACGUAUGAGACAACUUUCCGGUUUCGCGGUGACUAUGGGCACGUGGCCCUAGCGGAGUCAACAGCGACGCUGUGGUGCGCCAACGAGGGCAGCGGUGCGAUGGACCUCUACAGCUGCGUGACCGGCCAGUUUAUCGCCUCAUUGCCGACUUUGUCGGAGGAGGUCCGUGCGCGGCAGGCGGAACUGUCGGAGCUGCCGAUCAACACCGCUCCGUCGACGACCGCGUCGGGCAAGAAUUCCAGCGGUACUGCUGUGGCGGCGGUGGGGUCUAAAGCCACCGGCCAAGGCGUGACCACCGUGCGGGGCCGCGGGCUUGUGCCGCUGGCUGCCGGGGGCGCCGUCGCGAGCCCCGCCGCGCGCCACCGCUUCUCCUCCCCGCCGUGGAGCUGCGUGCCGGCCACGGAUGUUACGCCGAGUUCGCUGCGUGCGACGGCGGCGCAUAUGUGGGUCGGCUACACCGACGGCACCGUCGCCGUCUACGACACCCUUCUCCUGAAGCUCGUCACGAUGGGUCAGUUCCACUCCUCCCCCGUGACCGCCCUCGCCGUGCUGCGCAACGGGCAGGUUGUGUCGGCGUCUGCAGAUGGCCUGUUAGUGCUGUGGGACACGGAGGCGGCCGGUUUUGAGGCGGUGACGCGGGUGACCGUGCUGCUCGACGCCGUCCGUGCCGGGGCCGGCCGGCUCUGCGCGAUGACCGCCACGUCUCACGCGGCCCGGGUGUGCUGCGGGUUCGCGUCGGGCGAGGUGUACAGCGUCGUCGUGGCGAACCGGCCGCAGGAGCAGACCCCUGCGUAUGCGAUGAAGGCGCACACGUCGCAGGUGAGCGACAUGGCGGCGGUGCGGGAGCUGCUCUUUACGGCGGCGGAGGACAACAGCGUGUGUGUGUGGUACUGCGGCAACGCCUCCAGCUCUUCUGGUCAGGGCUCCGCCGUGCCGGGCCUCAGCAGCGAUCCCAGCGGCAAUCCUCACGCAUUUGCCGGUGCCCCGCAGGGCCCGCUGGCCAUCCGUGCCCUGCACGCGGCCACCAAACUGAUGAAACGUAUUACUGUGAAGCCGUGCGUGCGGGCGCUGCUGUCGGAGGAGACGACGCGCAGUGUGUGGGUGGCCUACGCGGACGGGCUGCUCGAGCGGUGGAGCGCCAACCCGAACGAUGACUUUGGCGUGGAGGAGGUGGUGGACAACGCGAUGGUGACGGAGGCCGCAGCGGCAAAUCCCACGGAUGGGCGCUCGACAAGCGCGGCGACCGCGGAGGUUGCAAAGGCGGGCAACGGAGGUGUUGCCGCGACGCGCGUGCGAGCGCUGCUCUCCCUCUCCGCCGUGCAGACGAUGCAGUGGUUGGCCCUCUCGAGCAACGGCGUGAACAAGGUGUGGUACGGCCACAAGAACACCCUUGAAAUCAACCUGGCGAACUCGCUGCUUGCCCUGCACGACGUCAUCGCACAGGACGCCGAGGACGCCGCGGCGUGGAAGGAAAAGGUGAAUGUGCUGAAGCUGAAGGAAAUGGAGCGCAAGUCGCGGUACGUCUGCAUCCUGGAGCAGCUGAACGAGCAGCGGGUGCUGCAGCGGCACUACAACCGAUGGAGGCAGUCCCUGCUUUUCUGCGGGGUGCGAAGGCGGUGCACCGCGGCGCUCGCCGCGACACUGGAGAGCCGCACGCAGGUGCAACUCACCCGCCGCUUCUUCGGAAAGUGGGCCGCAUUCUACGACGCCCAGCAACGUCACAUGCGCGGUUACGUGCUGGCGAUGGCCCUGUCCCGCGUGACGGAGCGGCAGCAGCUGCAGAUGUGCUUCGUGGCGUGGGAGGCGUUCCUUGUGAAGCGACGCAUCCGCCGCACGGCGCAGGUCAGCGCUGCGGUCAUGUCUAGCAUGAACAGCACCGCCUGUUUGAGCAGCUUCUUUCAUCAGUGGCGCGCUGCCGUGCCCCGCAAAGCGCGCCACCACGCCUGCCUCUCCGACGAGCACCUGGCGUUGCUGGCGCACAAGGCACAGCGGCAGGUGCAGCAGCGCGUGCUGCGGCAGUGGAUGUCCUACCAUGCAGCGCAGAAACAGCAGCGACGCUCGUUGCUGCCGUCGGACAAAACGGCGGCUGGUGCGAAGAGUGAAGUCUCUGCGCUGUCGACGUUCGCCGCGCACUACGCUCGGCUGCAGCAGCAGCGGCAGGCACGUCAAGUUCUACAGAUGUGGCGGCGGUGGACCGGGAAGAGGUCCCACUACGCCUCCCUCGCGGCCAUCGCGGCGCUGCGUGAACAGCAGCUGCUCUAUGAAGCGCGUCAAAAUUUCUUUCUCCGGUGGAGGCAGCGCGUACACGCCCGACGCACCAGCGAAAACGCGGAGCAGCUGAAGGCGCUGGAGAUGAAACUUCGCCGAGCCGAGGCAGAACACGGCGACAUCUUCGAGAAACUGCAGCUCCAGAGGCAGCUGGAUCAGUUGGCCAGCCGACAGGCCGCCGAAGAGGCGCAGCUGUCCCACACGAAGAGCCAGCUGGCGGCGCUGGAGCAGAGCUGCGCGCAGCUGCGAGCCCAGCAGCAGGAGCGGAAGCACGACCCCGCCCACUUGUCCAACACCCCGCAUACACAGCACCAGGCAACGCGUGGGGGCUCCGACGUGGGCUCGAACGCGACCUCGUCCUUCCCGCGCCUUCCCGGUGUGGACGUGACGGGCGACAGCAGCACCGGACGGUCCGCUUCCUUGGUCACGGGAGGCAGCGAUGGUCCUGGCGGCGGCAACGGCAGCGGCAGCGGACGCGGCCACAUGGCCGCCAACGCCGUGUUCUACCGCUCCCUCGUUGACCAACAGCGGCUCUCGCCCAUCGUGCUGGCCCACAUGCCGGUGGAGGAGGCGGUGCGCCACGUGAUGGGGCAGCUGAAGGGCAACGUGGUGAACCUGUACACCGACCUCGCGCUCUUCCGGCAGGUGAAGGACCGCCGUCGCGCCGGCACGUCCGCCGUCGGCAUACUCCUCGAGGCCUUUGGCGAGCUGAAGCGCAUGAUCGUCUCGACCGUGCCGGGCGCCUCCACCGCGGCCGCAUCCGCCGCCGCGCGCUCCGGCGUGAAGGCGACGCGGUGGCCGCUGAGCAUGGAGGCGCUGGACUGCAUCCCGGUGCAUCAGUGCUCCAACGUGCUGAGUGCGAUCAAGACGAUCGUCGUAGCGUACGACCUGCUGCAGCCGGAGGAUGUGCCCGGUGUGCAGUCGACGUGCGAGGAGGUGGUGGCCAACGCGGAUUGGGUGUUUUUGAUGGCGCGAGCGUGCUAUCUGCGCCGCAAGCCGCUGCCGCCGGCGAACAAUCGACAGGUGGCGUAA